AUGUUUGCUGUUUCUGCAAUAAGUUUACUUUUUGUGGGUUUCAUAUUAUUUGUCCUCUUUGUUUUAACAUGUAUGUAUAACUGCCUCAUGCAGAUUUAG